AUGACGAUACCAAAAGAGGUUAUUAAUUGGAGCAUACUGAACGAGAUCAUCUCAAUGGACGAAGAUGACCCAGGUUUCUCCAAGGGACUUAUCAUUCAGUUCUUGGAACAAGCGUCGAAUACUUUCGAGGAGAUGGAGGUCAAUGUUCAACAGACCAGAGAUCUGAAGAAAUUGGACAGUUUGGGACACUUCCUCAAAGGCUCGUCAGCAGCUUUGGGUUUGCAAAGUAUCGCUUGGGUGUGCGAAAGAAUACAGAAUCUGGGCAGAAAGAAGGAAAGCGGUUUCUCCAGCACUGAAGAUCUAGGCAGCAUGGCCAGCUCAGAAGAUGUCACUGAAGAUGACGCUGUUUAUCUGGAUGCCAUUGAGAAGGCGUUGGUUCAGGCUAGACACGAAUUCAGUCUGGUCAGAGAAGAGCUCUCUGAGUACUAUCACUGCGAGCUCUGA